UUUCUUUUUAUAAUGACUCGUCACAUAUUAACCAAAAUCCGAGUCCUCCUACAAAUAAUAAAGUAAGCAGACUAGAUGGACGGUGGACAAAUAAGUGAAGGAUGAAAUCAAUAGAAGAUAAUGCAAAUUUGCAAAGAAGACGCACACAAUUCUCGUGGUACAAGAUAUUGAUGCUUAUUUAAAGGAAUCCAGCCUUUCUUCAAAACUCAUACUAUCGCAACAAUAACUUCACUACAUUAAACACUUUAACCAUCAUUUUCUCUAUUGUUUUCUUAUCGGAUCCGCUCAUUACUUGACCAUCAUACUGCUGUGAAACAACAAAACGAAGAUGAAAAAGAUAACAAAUUUGGUUUAUAUCCUGGUAGCCAUUACAACAAGUGUGAUCCUUCAAUGGACUUGCAAUGCAGCAGAUCCAAAAUUCAUUGUGACUAAUGGUGCUACUAGCCAAAGCUACUCCACACUAUUGAAUGACUUUCGAGAUAGAGUUAAAGAUCCAAAACUAACAGGAACUUAUGGAUUUCAAAACAAUUUACCAGUUGUAGCUGCACCUACAAAACCUGCUAAGUAUCUUUACAUGGAUAUUCAGGCAGAUAAUGGAAUAAUCACUGCUGCAUUUGAUAAAAACGAUCUCUAUUAUAUGGGUUAUGCUCACACUGCUGAUGGAGUCAAGAAAGUACGUCUCUUCAAAGACGCUCCAACUGACGUAAGGUUGAUUUUUCCCGACGUUACAAAUAAAAACAAUCGAUAUUAUUCGACCAUAACUGGAAACUAUAAUAAUCUUGGAGAUCGAGCCUCUGUAGGGUUGGGAGCUAAACCACUUAAUAAGUUUAUUAGUGAAGAAAUCUAUACAAAAAAGAAAUUUGAUAUGACAACAGAUAAAAAGCUAGCGCUUAUGGUCAUCCAAACUAUUGCAGAAGCAGCGCGAUUUACAUAUAUUGAGGGUGAAAUCGUGAGUAAAUUUAGUGAUAAUAGUGGAUUCAAAUGUAAUGAUAAAGCCAAGUCACUGGAGAACAAUUGGGAAAAAACCAGUAAAACUGUCAAGGGUUCUACUGGUCCUAGAAUUGAUUUGGAAUUAAAAGAUGAAAAUGGUAAAGUAGUCUGGAAAUGGUUACAAGUCGGAGAAUUAGUUGAUGUCAUCGGGAUUCUUAAAUAUCUAAAGUAGAAUGGAAAUGUCUUCAUGUCAUAUAAGUAUAUGUUUAGUAGCUAAUAAUGAAUAAUGAAAAUGCAACAAUAAGCUAAGAUAUUACAUAUUGUUGUAAGUUCAAAGUUGUAACGACUUCUGUGUUUUUAAUAUGGAAUAAAAAAGAGUGUGAAGCCUAUAUAAACAAGAA